AUGAGACGUGGUCGAUCGGUAGCCGAUGCUCGUCGUGGUCCGGGACGACCACGGAAACAACCCAUUGAGGCUGAGGAACCAGAACCAGUGACUCAGGAGGCGGAUUCUUCUAGGGAUCCAACUAAUGUUGAGACGGUUAGUCGAGGACAGACCCAUCAGACUCCUAGAGAUCAGGGACGUCAGCCUCAGGAGAUCCCUUCAGUCAUACCUUCUGGUAGAAAUCAGGAAUUUCAGCCUCAGGGGAUUCCCUCCGGGAUACCAUCAGCAUUUCCUACUCCUGCUACUACUGACUGGAUGAGGGAUAGAGCGCGUAUACCACUGUUGGCAAAGUCCGUCAAGGACAGGGUUACUCUAUACCAGGGCGGAGCAGAUCCUUGGGCUGCUCGUAGCUGGUUGAAGAAUUUGGAAAGCACUUUCGGAUACAUGAGUUGUUCAGAUGAAGAGAAAGUGGAAUUGGCUGCGUAUCAUCUCCGGGAUCAGGCAGUCAUAUGGUGGGAGAUGCAAAAGACAAUCUUUGGGGAACAACGCAUCACAUGGGCGAUGUUCCGGGAUGCUUUUGAGCGGCAGUAUUUUCCAGCCACAUUCUGUUUAGCUCGACGCCAGGAAUUCCUGAAUCUCAAGCAAGGUGAUCGAUCGGUGAUGGAGUACAACGCUGAAUUCUGUAGAUUGGCUGAGUUUUGCCCUCAUUUGGUGGCACAGGAUUAUGACCGGAUGCAGCAGUUCACCCAAGGUUUAGCAGCAUAUAUUCGGCUCAGGAUGUCAGGAUUUCCAAGUAGCUCCUACCGAGAAGUUUUGGAUCGUGCACUAUUUAUCGAGAUGACUCAGCAGCAGGUAAAUCAGGAGAAAGGCCAUGAUAAGAAGUCGUCACAAAAGAGAGGGAACCAAGGUCAGAGUUCACAGGCUACCACGGGAGGAUCUUCUCGGCCGCAGAAGUCAGGAUGGACAUCUGAUGGAACAUCUCGUCCUCCUCAGCAUGGUUGGAAGAAAGAUAGAAUGGGAUCCAGAUGUUACCAGUGUGGCUCCAAGAGCCAUACCAAAUUUCAUUGCCCCUUGGAUCAUCCCAUUUGUUAUUAUUGCAAACAACCAGGGCAUGAGAGUCGGGAUUGGGGGACAUCCCUCACAGACGCGACCACAGAAAGGAUCACAGAAGAGUCAGGGUGCUCCACGUCAGUAGCGACCACCGUCUUCUCAGGGACAGAUAUAUCAUAUUCAGGGUCAGGAACCAGCGACUACACAGUAUUCUGCUGCGACGUCUUCUCAUCAGGCCCUUCCAGUACAGCCAGAUUUUCCUCCACCUCAGCUUUAUCCAGUAUAUCAGCCUCAGACUCAGUAUCAGCAGCCGGUUCCUGCACCUACGAUGCCAGCGCAGACCACUUCAGGGAUACCAUAGCCGAGCUCAGAGAUUUGUUGAUAGAUACUGGUAGUUCCCAUUCAUUCAUAUCUCGGGUAUUUCUGGGUAAAAUCGGGAGAUUACCUAGUCGUCGGACACACGGGCUGACAGUAUCUAUACCAUCUGGCGAGGUAUUAGAGAUGGUGGAAUUUGACAUUAUAUUGGGCAUGGAUUGGCUGGCCAUGAACCAUGCCAUAGUUGACUGCAGAGCGAGAGUAGUCACAUUCUGA